AUGUCCCUUCGGGAACUCCUCAAAGAACCCAAGGGCAAAAUGAUCUACCGACGCGAUCAAAUAUUUCUCCUCCACGUGUUCUGGGAAGCUCCGGACAUCACUGCCGCUCGAAUCCUCCUCGAAGCCCUCGGGCGGUGUGCGAAAGCAACGCAUCGCGACACACCAUGUGUGGCAACUUACCAUUUCAGAAUCUGCUCCCUGAGCAGCGCGGUCAUCAGCCAGGAACCCAAGACAGUUCGAGAGCAUGCACAACUGCAAGCUGCGUUGAAGAAGCUCAAAUUCGGUGUUCCCAGGUCUGCCGUUCUGGCGGAUCUAAGACGCAGAGCCAUCGACACCUACCUUCUCGAUCUCGAUCAGGAGACGCCCUUACCUAAUCAUAUGCAGCAGACGCCCGUAAUGCUCGAAUUCACGGAGCUAUAUCUCGACGAACGUGCAUUUUAUGAACAUGCCGGGUCGAAAGAUUAUCUCGAUGCGUAUGGAGAGGUUAUGCAACCUAAAUUGAUGAACAGGCAGGCCACUGUGUGCGUAGGGUCACCAACUGCUGAGAUCAAAGAGAAGAUACUCGACCCUAUGCUCAAGGCAAUAUCACAGCCUAUCCCUGAGGGUUGCCAUCUCUGGCGAGCUCCGAAAACAGCCCCUGAAACUAGCUUAUUUAUAUCCCUAGAAGCACCCGGGACGGUGGACGGUGUCAUGCAGACACUACCCCUUGGCUUGCUAGAGAAUAGCACGACCUGUCUUGCCUUUCCACAUCCUUUGCUACACGGUAGAAUCCGCAUAAUCUGCAUCAUAACGAAGCUACUGUGUGAAGAUGAGCUGCAGGCAAUUAUCGAUGCUCGAUUCGAGGGUGUUGAAAUACACUGCCCAGAAGAGCAUCUAGAGAUUCUUAGCCAAAAAGUUGCUAAAUUCGGCAGCAUGGUGGAUUUAAGAGCAACUCAAUCGGGUUAUGCCGUCCAUGAGAGUGCAGGCCUCGUCAAGCAGGAAUAA